CUUUCUGGUUAACAUUUCUUUAAAAUCGAUUAGAAACUCCGUCUCUCUGUGUACUACGAUAUGUACUCGCCGUCUUCUUCCUCCAGUUUUCAUCAAUUUACACCGGCGAGACAACCGCUCACUACCAUACCCACGGCUUCUCCAUUCAUGCUCCGCCGGAGCUCUUACGGCUUCGGUGUGUUUCACAGGAAGCGAGCUCGUUUCAAGCGACAGAGUCGGAGCUUGGUUCUAGUGAAUUCCUCAAUUUUUCCUCCGCCGUUCGAUGGCAGCGUCCCUCUCGAUUUCCUAGCUCCCUCUGUCGCCGGCUUCGCUUCCGGAUUGGCGGUUUUUCUGUCGUCAAGGCUAUUUGGAAAGUCUUUGAAGGCUAGUGAUAGAAAAAGAACGAGCGUUGAGGAAGUUGUUGGGGAAUGGAUUCUUUUCACGAGCCCCACGCCGUUCAACAGAUUUGUUCUCCUCCGGUGCUCUUUGCUCUCGUUUGACGGAGAUGGCAACCUUCUAGAGAGCCUGAGCGAUAGGCUCGUGAAGGAAGAGAGGCAUUUCGUUUCCCCGAACAGAGGGAAGAUUGUAUCGGCCGAAAGAGCUGACGAGGAGGAGAAGCCAUUGGAGUAUCAGAGGGUCUGCAUCAAUACAGAUGACGGCGGAAUUGUUUCGCUUGAUUGGCCGGCGGAUUUGGAUCUGAGGGAGGAGCGUGGGCUGGACACGACUGUGGUUCUGAUCCCGGGAACGCCGGAAGGGAGCAUGGACGAAGGCGUCCGCUCAUUUGUAAGCGAGGCUCUAAGGCGGGGCGUGUUUCCUGUGGUGAUGAACCCUAGAGGAUGUGCUGGUUCGCCUCUCACUACACCUCGGUUAUUCACAGCUGGUGAUAGUGAUGAUAUAUCCACAGCUAUGCGGUUCUUAACCAAGGCUAGGCCAUGGACGACACUUAUGGGCGUUGGCCAGGGAUAUGGUGCAAAUAUGCUGACAAAGUACCUGGCAGAAGCCGGGGAAAGAACACCUCUUACAGCUGCUGUAUGCAUAGAUACUCCCUUUGACCUUGAAGAGAUCACACGAACAUCUCCUUAUUGUAUUAGUUUGGAUCGACAGCUUACAGGCGGAUUAGUGGAGAUACUUCAGGCAAACAAGGAGCUUUUCCAAGGCAGAGGAAAUGCCUUUGAUGUUGGAAAAGCUUUGUCUUCAAAAUCGGUCCGCGACUUUGACAAAGCCUUAUCCAUGGUGACAAAUGGUUUCGAGAAUGUUGAAGAUUUCUAUUCCAGUUGUGCCACCAGAGAUGUGAUUGGGGAAGUAAAAGUUCCUGUCCUCUUUAUACAGAAUGACGAUGUAGUGCCGCUUUAUUCAACACCGCGUAGUUCAAUAGCUGAAAACCCAUUUACAAGUCUGCUUCUGUGCUCUUCUUCAUCAAGUCUAAUCGAUGGAUUUACAGUGGCCGUGUCUUGGUGCCAGGACCUUGCGAUUGAGUGGUUGAAUGCUGUAGAGCUUGGGCUUCUGAAAGGUCGUCAUCCACUUUUAAAAGACGUGGAUGUUACUGUUAACCCUUCAAAAGGAUUAGUUAUUUCGGAAGCCAAGGCACCUGAAAAAGGUAUCACUGCCAAGAAGCUCCUGCAGGUAGCUCGGGGAAAGAUGGUGAAUGGUUACCAUGUAGAUCCUUCCAAGGAAACACUUGAAGACAGUGACAUCAGCCCAAAUUCUAGUUUGCCGUCUGUAACAGAGUUAAGAAAGAAUGUCAAAAUCGAUACUGGAUCUGAUGAACCAGAAAACGGUGGAGUUUUAACUAGCGGUCCUGUUGAAGUUGAAUUAGUCGAAGAUAAUAAGUCCGAUGUAGAAGAGAGUGAAAGAGGCCAGGUGUUGCAGACUGCUGAAGUGGUUGUGAAUAUGCUUGAUGUAACCAUGCCUGGUACCCUGAAAGCUGAAGAGAAGAAAAAGGUCAUGGAUGCUGUUGGUCGAGGAGAGACAGUUGUUACAGCUUUGCAAGAUGCUGUGCCAGAAGACGUUCGUGAGAAGCUAACAACAGCUGUAACUGAGAUCAUGCAGUCACCUGGCAGUAAGUUAAAUUUUGAAAAGCUUAACCUUCCUAGUUUAGCAACAGGAAUGAAAAAAGCGGAGGAAGCAAGGAAAGAACCAUCAAGUCCCACAGGUCAAAAGGAUUCUCAUUCUCAUGAUCCGAUAAAUAAGAGCGAUGGUUUGGUGAGUGGUUCAGAUAACACUAUUGGUGGUUCGGACAUUUCUGCUGGUGGAAUAGAAAUAGAACAUUCCUCUUCCGAAGCUUCCCAGAAAGACGGUAAUAAUGGAAAGUCCCAACCUGUCGAGAGUGAUCAAGAUGAGAGUUCUGUCCUGACUAAGAAGGGUAGUGAUGAGCCAGGGUUUAGCCUUGGAGAUAACGAGUCAUCUGCCAAUGAAAAGACCAGUGCAGCUGAUGAUCCUGAGAAGGCUUCUGAAGCAACGGCUGAUAAUACCAACCAGGGGCAGCCUAUUGGCACAGAGGAUGGAACAAGAGAUGAUGACAAAGUGGACCAAGGAUCUGUAACUGGCAAGCGUCAAAGACAGGAAGAAACUAACGAAAAGGAUGAGAAAGCAGCACCAGUGGCCAAUGAAAAUUCCAGUGCUGCUGAUGGUUUUGAGAAGGCUUCAGACACAAAAGCUGAUAGUACCAACCCAGGGCAGCCAAUCGGUGCAGACGAUGUAACUGGUGAUGAAGAUAAAGUGGAUCAAGGUGCUGUAUUAGCUCAGCAACAAAGAAAGGAGGAAACCAAUAGAAAUGACGAGAACGCAAAACAGUCUGCCUCCGACCAAAACAAGGUGGCAUCUACUGGCAACGAUGGAGAUGCUGGAGAAUCUUCUGCUUCACAGUCUGUAGAGAAAGAAGACAUUGAUGAUCAGAACAAAGAAACCAAAAUUAUGCAACCUGUAUCUGACCAAACUAAGCCAGCAAUUGAGGAACCAAAUCAGGCCAAGUUUAAUGUCUCCCAUGCAUUUGAAGCACUGACGGGGAUGGAUGAUUCAACUCAGGUCGCUGUCAAUAGUGUGUUCGGUGUGCUCGAAAAUAUGAUUACUCAGCUGGAUGAAGAAAAGAAAGAAGGAAAUGAGGUAAGUAUUGGGAAGAAUGUCACGGAUGAGAAGAAUGUCACAGAUGUGAAGAAUGUCACUGAUGAUGUCACUGAUGAGAAGAAUGUCACUGAUGGGAAGAUUGUCAUGGAUGAGAAGAAUGUCAUGGAUAAGAAUAUAAUAUCUCCUUCUGAAGAGCAAACUCCCUACAAGAACGAAACGGAAUGCCAAAUGUUAUCUGAAAAAUCUCAUGAUCCUGCAUGCAGUGUGCAUGAAACUGGAAAAGGUUCUGACAGUGAUAAGACAACUUGGGUGAUGAAUGAAAAGCAUUUGGGCGGAGAUGAAUCUGUGAUUAGUAAGCAUCUACCAAAGACUUUGCCUGCAAGAAAUACAGGUUCUCUCGAGAAUUCUUCUAAUGAUGGUUACCUUGGGGAGGAAUUUUCAGAUGAGCAGCUUGCAAAACAAUUAGACUUAGAUACAACCACUGCUCUCAUGCUCGAUUAUUAUCCAGAGGAAGGUAAAUGGAAGCUCCUUGAUCAGCAACCAGAAUACUUGAGUAACGUUGCUGAAAAUGAGGCAGUCAGCAGAGAUACGCAAGGAAAUGUUCAGGUUCAUUCACCUACUGUACGUAAUGAAGAGAACAUUAUUGAGCCUUCAUAUGUGAUAUUGGACCGUGAACAAGAGGUGGAGCUCUCUGAAAAGCAUGAUGCAGUGGACGAUCAAAAUGACGGCCUUCACGAAGUAGAUGAAGGAUGUGAUGAAUUAGAGCACCUCAUAAACGUUAUUGUUUCAGACUCUUUGAAUGUAGAAGUUCAACGCAGGAUGAAUUCAGCUGGCAUGAGACAAUUUGAGUCUCAACUCAAUCGAGAUAUAAAAAGGGUGGCAAAUAAACUUGCUUUUGCUGUUGUAUAUGCAGAGCCUACUUGGACUUUCAAAAGGAAUAGCAAAAAUUCCAACAUUCCUGCUGGAAAAGUAGGUAAACUUCGUGGGGACGCGAUCAUUAGGGCAAUUUCAUCUGCUGUUCAAGAGGCUCAUUUUCUCAGGCAAGUAUUGCCUGUUGGUGUUGUUGUUGGCUCUGUUUUAGCUGCUCUGAGAAAAUAUUUUGAUGUAUCUACAACAACCGACAACGCCAAGAGAGAUGUUGUCAUGGGUAGAGAACCAAAAUAUGGGAACAAUGGUGCAACACAGAAUGUUUUGCCAACCAAAACGAGCCAGAAGAGCAAACAGAAGAACUCGAGCAUUGGAGAAAUGGUGGAAUCUGGCCUACAAAAUAUCAGAAAUGAGCCUGCUAUGGUUGGUGCUGUGACAGCUGCUCUGGGUGCAUCUGCUAUGCUAGUUCAGCAUGAGGAUCCACAAAGCGGUGGCAUCAUGUCAAAACCAUUGGAGAAAGAAAGUAAACAGAAAGAUCAGAGCAGUAUGGUGGCAAGUUUUGCUGAGAAAGCCAUGUCCAUAGCUGGCCCUGCGGUUCCAACAAAGGAAAGUGGUGAAGUGGAUCAAGAAAGGAUUGUGACAAUGCUGGCAGAUUUGGGUCAGAGGGGUGGCAUAUUGAGGCUAGUUGGGAAACUUGCUCUGCUUUGGGGUGGUCUUCGUGGUGCUAUGAGUCUAACUGAUAAACUAAUCCAAUUUCUGCAUAUUGAUGAGUGGCCCUUACUGAAGAGGGUUGUGGGCUUUGUUGGAAUGGUGCUCGUUUUAUGGUCACCUGUUGUGAUUCCAUUGCUUCCAACACUUCUCCAGAGCUGGUCCACAAGUACGCCAUCCAGAGUGGCGGAACUAGCUAGUGUAGUUGGUCUCUAUAUUGCUGUUUUUAUUCUUGUUAUGUUGUGGGGAAAGAGAGUACGGAAGUAUGAAAACCCAUUCAGGCAAUAUGGGCUUGAUUUCAAGGCAUCACCCAAACAACAGAUUCUAGAGUUUUUGAAGGCCUUGGCAGGGGGCAUCAUAGUCGUUCUAUUAAUACAGUCCAUAAAUACAAUAUUAGGAGCUGCGAUUUUAUCUCGGCCACCAUAUUUUCCACAUCCUUUCGAUGCCAUGAAGUGUCUUAAGGGAUGCGUGCAACUGCUUCUAGUGAUAGUUAAGGGAUUUACAGCUGCGACAUUUGUUGUGUUUGUGGAAGAGUUGCUCUUCAGAUCAUGGAUGCCUAAUGAGAUUGCUCUAGAUAUGGGAUACCAUCAAAGCAUUAUCAUUACAGGGCUCGUAUUUGCCUUGUUCCAGAGAUCCCUGAGAUCAAUUCCAGGGUUAUGGCUUCUGUCGUUGGGGCUCGCAGGGGCUCGUGAAAGAAGCCAAGGAAAUCUGAUUGUUCCAAUCGGGUUGCGAACAGGAAUGAUAGCAGCAAGCUUUAUACUACACACAGGUGGUUUCCUCACAUACAACCCGAGUUCCCCGGUUUGGAUCGCAGGGACUCGCCCGUUACAGCCUUUUAGCGGAGUGGUUGGUCUUGUGGUCUCUUUUGGGCUGGCACUCGUUCUUUAUCCAAGGCAUUCUCCAGAAACCAAGAUGCAAAAAUAUAAUUAAGAAGAAGAAGAAGAAGAAGAAGAAGCCAAACAAUAAGAGACGGGUUUUUGUGCUCAUGGCCUCUCUGUGAUUUGCAGAGUGAAAACGAAUUUACGGUGCGCUGAAGGAUACAAAAGGAGUAAGUAAAGAGUAAAUAAGGUGGGGACAGAAGAAGAGCUUCGGAUUCAGUCUUGUAAGUAGGAAGCGUAAGACCCCUUGUGUACAUCUUAUGUACCUAGUAGAGUAUAUAUAUAGUAUAUUAUUUAGAUACAAAGUAUCAUAACAAUGUAUACAUAAUAUAUAGAAGAAGUCUUUUGUAUAA